CCCAGUGCCGGCCCGCACGGAGCGGAGAAGCCACGCACACCGCUGGGAGUUUGGGAGAGCCAGCAGUGACCGUAGGGGUAGAGCCCAGCUGCGGCUGCCCAGCAUGGACGACUACACAGUCCUGAGAGUGAUUGGCCAGGGCUCCUUCGGCAGGGUUCUUCUGGUUCUGCAGGAAAGCAGCAAUCAGACAUUCGCCAUGAAGGAAAUCAGACUGCUCAAGUCUGAUACACAGACUUCUAGGAAAGAGGCUGUUCUGCUCGCCAAAAUGAAGCACCCCAAUAUUGUUGCCUUUAAGGAGUCAUUUGAAGCUGAAGGGCAUCUGUAUAUUGUGAUGGAGUAUUGUGAUGGAGGGGAUCUGAUGCAGAAGAUUAAACAGCAAAAAGGGAAGUUAUUCCCUGAAGACACGAUACUUAAUUGGUUUAUACAAAUUUGUCUUGGAGUAAAUCACAUUCACAAGAGACGUGUUUUACACAGAGAUAUCAAGUCCAAAAAUGUCUUCCUCACCCACAAUGGAAAAGUGAAAUUGGGAGAUUUUGGCUCUGCCCGUCUUCUCUCCAGUCCCAUGGCAUUUGCAUGCACGUACGUGGGAACACCUUAUUAUGUGCCUCCGGAAAUCUGGGAGAACCUGCCUUACAACAAUAAAAGUGACAUCUGGUCCUUGGGAUGCAUUCUGUAUGAACUCUGCGCACUGAAGCAUCCAUUCCAGGCAAAUAGUUGGAAAAACCUGAUCCUGAAAAUAUGCCAGGGGCCCAUCCACCCGCUGCCAGCUCUGUACUCCUGUAAGCUUCAGGGCCUGGUCAAGCAGAUGCUGAAAAGGAACCCUUCGCAUCGUCCUUCUGCCACGACCCUGCUCUGCAGGGGUAGCUUAGCUCCACUGGUCCCGAAGUGCUUGCCCCCUCAGAUCAUCAGAGAAUAUGGAGAACAAAUACUAGAUGAAAUCAAAAUAUCCACGCCUAAGAAUAUGAAAAAUCAGGAUCCCAACAGAGUCGGGAGAGCUCUGGGAAGUGAAGCAAUCACCGCUGUGCAAGAGGAAGAACGUGGUAGAAAGUAUAGCCAUACUGAAUUGGAAAACACUGGUACAACCCCAGCUGGAAAUGCAUUGGGAAGAGCAGCCAGAGGAAAUCCAGGUAACCCACUGGAGCAUGGGAGGCAUACCAGUCCGGCGAGUCCUCACAGGCCACAGUGGGAGAGGCACGGUCCCAGUUCCGCUGUAGCAGCUUUGGAGAAAGCGUCCGUCCUUACCUCCAGUUUCACGGCAGAGGAUGACAGAGGUGGGUCUGUGAUCAAGUACAGUGAAGAAAAUGCCCGAAGGCAGUGGGUCAGAGAGCCCCCUGAGGCCUUGCUGUCAAUGCUGAAGGACGCUGAUCUUAGCCAGGCAUUUCAAACGUACACAAUAUAUAGACCAGGUGCAGAAGGAUUCCUGAAAGGUCCCCUUUCUGAAGACACAGCAUCGGACAGCGUCGAUGGUGCUCUCGAUUCUGUCAUUUUAGACCCAGAGAGGUUUGAACCUCGGCUGGAUGAAGAAGACACGGACUUUGAGGAAGAUAACGAAAACUCCGAUUGGAUGUCAGAACUAAAGAAGCACGUAGGAUGGGGGGAUGGACCUGAUGGACAGCUCCUCGGAGAACGUGCCUGAGUUAUGUCGAGACACUGGCGAGACUCUGAUGGCUAGGAACGGAAGUGAGGACUGAGAAAAUGUAUAUCACGAGCUUACAAAGCAAUCAAGAACCCUUGUGAGAUUUCAACACAACGGAGGCCUAGCAGAUGCCGCAUGCCGUGUGUUCCGACAGAACAGAGAUACCAUGCUCGCCUGCCGGCCACUAUGUAUGCGACAAUAGGAAAUGACUUAACUCCUUUGAUCCUGAAUUUUCUCAACUAUAACUAUAACUCCUUUGAUCCUGAAUUUUCUCAACUGUAACAAUGCCUACCUCAUAGGAACACUCACUGAGACAGUUAUAACUGUCCAGUGCCUGUUAUCCACAAUUACCAUGUAACACUCUCACAUUUCCUAAAUGUUUAAGGAUCCAAAUACAUCAAGCUAUGGCAUAA